GCUGGGUGUGGAGUGGAGCAGCCGCAGGUCAGACAGAGACGCUGGGGCUUUGCCACCCUCCCUAGGGGCUGGUACCCCGGCCGGCAGCGUCCCGGGGUAGGCUUCUUUACUUGUCGGCUGUUCUGUUUUCAUCAGAGUUGUACUCUCGGUGGGGCAGGGGGGGCGCGUAUUUUGCUGUGGAGACCUGGACCUUUCAGGGUCCGUGUGGGCUGUGGGCGAUUUAGAGCCGGCACCGUGGGCCCUGCUGUGGACCCUGCCUGGCACGGUGCCGUGCGUGUGCUGGGAGGCCUUCUGUGCCUUCCGGUCCCUCGUGGCUGCCAGCAGCACCCGGGCUCUGCGCGCCGGCCGGACAUGUAUCAUGAGCUCAGGACAUAGCCUGGAGGGUGAGGCUGUCCCGUGCCUCCCAGCGGGCCUGGCUGAUGAACACCCGUGGUUAGGGGCGGCCGAGGAGUGGGCUAGGAGGCGUGUCGUGAGACGUGGAAGCCCAUGGUUGUCAGAGGGGAUUCCAGCCCUUCCCUGUCCGCAGGGAGGAAGGCAGGAGGGGGGCUGGUCUGCCCCGGAUGCCCGCCGGCUGUGUGGUGUGGGCGCGUGGGGGCCGCAAGGAUCCCCCACAGUCACGUCGAGAUGACCAGGAAUUGGGGUCUGACGUUAUCCGUGGCGGUCCUGACGAGGUCCGGACGUGAUGUUACACGUUCUAGAAGCCGCUGUUCCCAAAGCGCAGAGAGGCAGGGGAAUGAGUGCUGUGACCCGGCGGCCGGCCGGCGUGAAGACGAGUCCCGAGCCCGUCCGUGGUGGUCUUCUCACUGGGUGAGACCUGGCGUGCGUGUCCGCAGUGGCCCGUGCCCCAGGGAGACAGAACGUCAGUGCUGGGCUGAGUUCCGCCGACCAGGACUCGGCGGGAUGUGAGCAGGAGCACGGCCGCCGGUGCCCUCCGUGUGCGCCGACUCGGACGAGCCUUCGGAUUCCGCACGCGCCCGCGACCUGGGUCGGAUUUCUGCGCUCUGCCGGGGCCUCUGCAGCCGACGGAUGAAUGUCUGCUCCGGUCUCUGUCUCCCACAGUCGGAGCCGCGCCGAGGAUGGAGGCAGCCCCGGGCCUCGGGGAGCAGCGCGUGGACGGCAACACCGGGAGCCCCGAGCCCGAGGCCGAGCCGUGGCAAGCCGUCCCGGUCCUGUCCGAGCAGCAGUCCAGGGACGUGGAGCUGGUACUGGCCUACGCUGCGCCCAUCCUGGACAAGCGGCAAACGUCAAGGCUUCUCAAGGAGGUGUCGGCCGUGCACCCACUGCCCGCGCAGCCUCACCUGAAGAGGGUGCGGCCCAGCCGCCGGGCCGGCCCGCAUGCGCUCGAGAUGCUGCUGUGCCUGGCGGGGCCGGCCGCGGGGGCCAGGUCGCUGGCCGAGCUCCUCCCGCAGCCGGCCGUGGACCCUCGUGGCCUGGGACAGCCCUUCCUGGUGCCUGUGCCGGCCCGGCCACCCCUGACCAGAGGCCAGUUCGAGGAGGCGCGUGCCUACUGGCCCACGUCCUUCCACGAGGACAGGCAGGUGACCCGCGCCUUGGCCGGGCGGCUGUUCUCCGCGCAGGAGCGCACGGCGAUGCAGGCCCACAUGGAGCGGGCCGUGUGGGCAGCGCACCAGGCAGCCGCCAGGGGCCUCAGGGCGGUGGGAGCCGUGGUGGUGGACCCAUCCUCUGGCCGCGUGCUGGCCACGGGCCACGACUGCAGCAGCAGCGCCCGCCCCCUGCUGCACGCCACCAUGGUGUGUAUUGACCUGGUGGCUCAGGGCCAGGGCCGCGGCGCCUAUGACCUCGGCCCCUUCCCCGCCUGCUCCUUCGCCCCGGCCGGCGCCCCCCAGGGUGUCCGUGUGGGCUCUGUGCGCAAGCUGGACGAGGACGGGGACGCGUGCACGGACAGCCUCCCCUAUGUGUGCACGGGCUAUGACCUGUACGUCACCCGCGAGCCCUGUGCCAUGUGCGCCAUGGCCCUGGUGCACUCGCGUGUGCAGCGCGUCUUCUACGGCGCCCCCUCGCCCGACGGCGCCCUGGGCACCCGCUUCCGCAUCCACGCCCGGCCCGACCUCAACCACCGCUUCCAGGUGUUCCGUGGGGUCCUGGAGGCCCAGUGCCGCCGGCUGGACCCUGGCUCCUAG